GUUCUCCUCAGCAAUUUAAAAUUAAAAGGAAAUCUGAAGUGGAAGUUUGAAAUAGAUUGCAAUUUAGUUUCUGUCCUAUCUCUCAUAACUGAUUAACUGCCCAUUAACAAUAACAGAAUGCAUAACCAAUUUAUUUCUCAACUUUGUUCCGUUUUAUUCGGACCGAUCUACUGGAUUUCCUGGCUUAAUUUCUUCAGGUGCAUGUAACGUAGCUGAAACCUCAUAUGUCCGAAUGUCUUUAUUUCCAAUGAUCACUCAUUAUGUUGCUUUCUGAUGAAAACAAUACAUCACCUGUCAAAAUGUGGCAAACAGAACACUGGUUGUAAGGACACAUGGUGCCGUAUUUCCCCACAAACGUUCAGUUUGUAGACGGGGUACUGAUCUUUGCAUUCGUAAUCGUCAGAAAUGCUUUGAAUGUCUUCGGAAAAAAAUACCAUCAACGUUAGUACGUCUGUUCACACCUAACGUUAUAUGUGAUGUGCCAAAAUACAGGUUUGUUUACAUGCCACCUGACUCCUUUUGCAGACGACAGAUCAGUUACGCCUGACCCGAGGAUCAUAUGUCGUUGGAGAUGUUUUCGAGGUGUCGGUAAGAAAAUUAGACGGGUAACGGAGCUACCGUCAGGCUCGGUUAGACUUUUAAAAUCUGCAAAUCUGGAGUUUUUCGUUUGACGGCGCUGCCGUUUGUGCCACUUUGCACACAGCGUAAGUGUGGCUGCCAGACCAGAGCCUCAUUGUCUUCCAAUCUUGGCGAUACGUCGUCUGCAAACUUUGCAUUGUUGUCAUAACACACGCCUACGGCGUUCAAUGAUACACCUGCGAACACCUGGGAGGAACCCCCCAUGCCGACUAUUCCCAGGGGAGGGCUAUUCUUUUUCUGCCACUUGUGGAUUCCUCGUCUCUUUUUACGCCUUUCAUGACAGGAUCAAAACAUAAAUCAUACCUAAGUUUGAUCUUUCACUAGUUCUGUAAUUGCUCCAAUAAAUGUAACAUCGACAACAAAAUCCCGAUAUGUCCGAAUUCAAACCCUUACACCCCUUCACGAAUGGUAUCGCCUAAAGGAGGCAGUUACAAACAAACAUGGCGAUGAUGUUGUACGUUUAACGGGACUUUUGUCGGCUGUUGUCGAGUUAGGGUAGAUUUAGUUAUUUUUCAUCCACGCUGAAAAGUUGCGUCGUCAACUAUAAUGCUUAUUGUACAGCACGGAGUUUCCUUUUGUUGAUAAAUGGUGUCGGCAGAUUUGUUUUCGAUUUAAAAUCCAGGUCAGUAGGAUCGAGAAACGAGGUGGAUCAGAUGAAGCCAUCUGUGUUUUCAUCGCCGUGACCUCCUUUCUGACAGGACCAGAGACAGCAGACAUCAGCAGCAUGUCCGUGAAGCUACAGAACAUGUCCGACCGCCUGAGUGCCGUCCAGAUCCACGGACACGCCAUCGCUGUGCCCGACGGGCCGCAGCACCCUUCCCUACCACGGCCGCGAGCUCGGUCCAAGUCGCCGGCGGUCCACGGGAGGAGGGUCGCCCUGACCCCCAUCUCCAUCCCGCCGCGGACACGGACCCCCAGCCCACGGGCCCGGACCCACAGGACGCCCAGCCCCCGCCCCCUGUCCGCCACGGGCUCGAGGCCGGCCUCAGCGGGGCAGGUGGACGGAGGGGACCUGUUAGGCAGGGCCGCCACCCUGUACCCCACCUCCAUGUUCAGUUUCGAGACGUUCCGCAGGAGAGACAGUGGGGACACCUUCCGGAGAAUUGUGGUGGAGGAAAGUAGCAGAUCUUCUAAAGAGAAGCGUCCUAAAUCCAGCAUGAGCACAGCGGACUCCGAGAAGACAGAGUCGGGUUCCGACGCAGACGUGGACGCAGAAGGAAGGAAACGUAAGGGGAAGCAGGGGAUCGUGCGGAGGCGGCGGUUACCGACAGCACUCGUCGUAACUCUGGACACGACACGAGCACGGAGUCAGCUGGAUGUGAUACGGCUGGCACUGAAACAGUUGGGCAGGGGGUGGAGGGAGUACCCACAUGGUAGGAAGGCAGGUUCAGAUAUGUACUGGUCAGUUCCAGCCUUCAACGAUUACGACGACUUUCCUUCAGGCAUCAUCAACAAACUCCCAGGCAUGAAGGACAUGUCCAACAAGGCAAACCUGUCCCAGGCACUAGACAGGAUGCACCAGCUCUUCCCAGAAGCCUUUGACUUUUUCCCGACCACCUGGCGGCUUCCUGAGGAAUUCCACCAAUUCUGCGCGGAAGUUCGCAUCCUGAAGGAAAGACGUGGCAAGCGGUAUAAACCGACGUUUAUCGUGAAGCCCGACGAAGGCACCCAAGGCGGCGGGAUCUACCUCCUACAGGACCCGCAUGACGUGAAGUCUAUCGGAAUGGUUCGCCCGGCCGUUGUUCAGGAAUAUCUCACCAACCCCUAUCUCAUAGACGGCUACAAGUUUGACCUCAGGAUAUAUGUGCUGCUAGGAAACAUUGAACCUCUGGAACUUUACAUCGGGCGGGAAGGCAUGGCAAGGUUCUGUACUGUCCCAUACCAGUCACCCUCACGAAUGAACCUUCACGAGUCCUACAUGCACUUAACAAACUACUCUCUCAACAAGUACAGCGACGGAUUCAUCCAUUCUGAGGACGGGGAUAUAGGUAGUAAGAGGACGUUGAGUAGCGUGUUGCAGAGACUAAAGCGGAGAGGCAAGGAUGUGGACAAACUAUGGAAGGACAUUGAAGACAUUGUCUUGAAGACAAUCAUAGCCAUCUUACCUGAGAUCAAGACUUUCCACCAUGUUAUGCUGCCACCGGGGAAGACUCUUGGAGGACCUAAGUGUUACCAACUGCUGGGAUUUGACAUCCUGCUGACAUCUGACCUGAAGCCCAUCCUGCUGGAGGUGAACUCUAACCCCAGCCUGAAGAUCGACUCGGAGCGCGAGGUGUCGCCGGGGGUGAUGGAGUCCAUCCCCAGUCCCGUGGACGAGGAGAUCAAGGUGCCGCUGGUGCGGGACGUCCUGAAGGUCAUGAAGCCACAGAAGAAGAAACCUGUCUCCAAGUCCCCCUCCAAGAGUUUUUCAAUCCCUACUAUUUUGCUAAUUGAAUUUUGUGUACGGCUAUGUGACUGGCAUGUCACAUGUCAAGAAAAUGUUUCAACAAUUUGCUUCACUGGUUGCUUGAGUGCUAUAAGUAUAUUCGGGUAUAUUCUGGGCAGGGCUACACUCCUACAUCUGAUCAUUUUUUGUUUCCUUUUGUUUCCUUUCUUCUCCAGGGUUCUAGACAACCUGACAGAUGAGAAGAAGAGAGAAGUAGACGACAACUCCACAGAUGAGAACAGGAACCUGUCGGAGGACUCUGCGGGUUCCUCCGACUCGAACGCUAACCUGCUGCGGGAGCUUCAGCUGGAGGAGCAGCAGGAGAAGCUGGUUCUGCUGGAGCUGUACCCUCGCCUGCAGAAACAGUACGAGCACUUCAGGCUGGUGGAGAGGAUCGCUGCCAUGUUCUGUCAGUUUGUGGGGAUCCGCUGCACCACCAGGAUGGGACCAACCGGCUUCAGGACAUUCACAAGGACUUGCAAGCUGCACAGCAACGGUCUGACGACAGCUGCGAUUGAUAUCCUGUACAUCGACAUGGCUCGGCGCUGGGCACACGCAAUCCCCGACCGCACGGCCGGCCUGUGCUUUCAGGGAUUCAUCGACGCCUUCUUCUACAUUGCCAAGCGGAAGUACUUCGCACGCUGCGAGCAGUUUGCAGAGAUGGUGGCAGCGUUGAUCGACCACUGCGAGGGGAAGUUAGAGGAGAGAGGAACACUGUUCAGGGCUGGUGUGUUUGCCUCGCCAUUGUGAAGCAGAAUUACUAAUAUUUCUUACAUGGGAGGACUUGACAUAUAAAGGGAGCUGAGAAUCUGAGCUGAGCCCUCAAUAUAUUAUAUGGGUAACAUAUAGCCAUAUCAUACCUUACAGGUACCAAACGUUCUUUAGUGGAAGAUUUUACUAAAAUGUUUUCACUCCUGCAAAGCCACACUAUAGUUUUCCUCACAUUGAAUGUGAAUUUCUGAAAACUGAGUCAAAAGUGCCCACAAAAAGGGCAUUGGGGGGGGGGGCACUAAAAUCUGGCUUAUAUGAAAUAUUGUCUAAGGGACCACCAAAAAUGGGCACAUUGGCCAGGUGGUAGAGGUGGUCACUUGUACAGAUUGGACUGUAUGUGAUAGUUAGGAUUCUUUUUUUGAAAUCAAGCCAUCUGAAAAACAAACAGGAAUCUAUUCAGCUGUAUCAAUAUAAUCAUGGUAUGAAAAUAACCUGUCAUGUCUAAUUCCCAAUCCCUCUAUUAAAGUUUUUGUAAA